GCAGCUCUGCUGUAGGCCUAUUUGAAACACGCAUACAAUUGUACACAUUUUACUCUGACAGACUGACAAUGUGUACAAAAAAAAAAACAUCAAGCCGAUUUUCGCAAACGUUUCUUGUAAAUUAAUUAAAAUCACACGAAGCCAAAUGGAAUUUAGCCUUACACCAAAUAGGACACUUAAGGAGGGAGAACUAGAAAACAGUCCUGUAGCCUUUUUUUCGUCAUCCGAUCCAACAAUCGAUGUCCCAAUAAAACUCGAAGAGGAAUUCACACAGAAAAGUGAUCUAAAAGACGUCUUAAUACAAAAAGCGGACCAGGUUUAUUGUUGCAAACUUUGCGGGAAACAAUUUUCAUUGAAGAAAGCCUUGAAGAAGCACAUGAUCGUUCAUACUGAAGACAAACAAUUUAUAUGUAAUGUGUGUGGCAAAGAAUUCCAGCAUUAUUGGCAAUUAAAGGACCACAGAAAUAUUCACACUGGAGAGCGCCCGUACAAUUGCACUACAUGCGAAAAAAACUUCUCGUCUAGAGUGCUGCUUGUUCAACACAUGCGCACUCACACAAGCCAGCGUUCGUACAAAUGCAGUGUUUGCGGAAAAGAAUUUGCCAUGAAGGGUUACUUAUCUAGACACAUGUCCAUUCACCAAAGCGAGUACAAAUAUAAGUGCGAAGUGUGUGGCAAAGCCUUUUAUAAUGCUGCUAACUUUGCGAGACACCAACGCAUACAUACGAAGGAGAAAUAUAAAUGCACCAUAUGCGAGAAAGAUUAUUCCAAUAAGUGCUAUUUCCGCACACACAUGAAAAUUCAUGCGGAUGGUUACGAGCACAAGUGUGAUGUGUGCGGCAAAGGAUUCAUGAACAGAUCUCUCUUGAAAGACCAUGGCAACAGUCAUACAGGAGAGCGACCGUACAAAUGCACUGUAUGUGGAAAAGAUUUCGCGGAUAAGUCUUACCUAUCCAAACACAGGAAUAUUCAUGAAAGUGAAUACAAGUACAAGUGUGAAGUAUGUGGUAAAGGCAUGAAUGAUAGUGCAAGUUUCGUGAGACACAAACGCCGUCAUACGGACAUAAAUAAAUGCAUAUAAAUAUCUGUGGAAAUGAUUAUACCACUAAGAAUUACCUAAAAGAGCACAUGCUUAGCCACACGGCAUUAGUGUGAUGUAUGUGACCAAGGAUUCAAAACCUGAUUACUUUCUGGAAGACCACGACCACCAUGUAAUCGACAUUACAAACGCAUCGCAUCGGCAUACGGAUCCUUGGCAUAUGAAUAAUCUUUAAGGCGAACGUAAUCUAACUGGACACAUGUGCGUCAUACGGAUGAGCACAGAUAUUUCAAAGGGUCUCAAACCCGUUACUACAGAUGAGCGAAACCUUCGAAUGAAUUGUUUGCGUUAAAAAAAAAACACCUGAAAAAUAAUUACUUGAAGCUGCAUUUUCGCAGUCAUAAAACUUUGUAAAAUAAAUUAUUUUCAUUGGUUUAUUUAACCAAUUGGUCAUUCGCCGGGGGCUGACGACUGAAAUACAUUUCAUUUUGAAAAUCUA